CCCGCUGAAAAAUUGCAAUCUCUAUCAAAGCUUUAGUAGUAUCAACACGCGCACGCAAUAGUAUCGGAGCAAAACCCCCAUUCGGACUAUCAAAUCCCUUCUACACCGUGAUACGAGCAUUUGUAUAGAACUCCAGGAUGUCCAAUUCGGAUUAUGGGGAAGAAGGCUGGCACCUCGUUUCCGGCAUAGAUGAAGAGAAGCAAAUCGAAAAAUGGGAACGAUCCAAGGGUCAAUGGUCAGGUCACGGCAAGCAUGCUUCUUCUAAGUUUAACGACCAAUCGAUUGAAGCAUUGGAAGAACUGGGUAGUGGAACUUAUGGCCUGGUAGAGCGUAUCAGUUUCAAAGCUGUGACCAUGGCUCGAAAACAGUAAGUCAUCCGCUGUGAGCCGUUCAGGCAUUUCUGAUGGUUGUUCAUCAAGUAUCAAAUUAUGCAAUCGAAUGCCGAUCGACAGAAUCCGAGAGGAGGCGAAUGUGAUGGAGGUGUUGUCGCAUAAACAUAUUGUGAAGUUAGUCGGAACAUACACAAAACGACGACGAGUUAGGAACGUGGAAGUUGAGAGAGAUUUUUUCUUGCUCUUGUACCCCGCAGCCACUUGCGAUUUGGAUGAUUUCUUACGCGAUGUUGGCACUAUGAUAGCUGGAACUUGCGAAGAGAAAUCUGAGGCUGAAACGAGACUGCAAUUGCUUGGUUUGAAAGAAUUUGGACGUCUCGGGGGAGAGAAGAAGAUCCCGAGAAACUCUUCAAUCGAUGGGGAUACAAGAAGACCAAGCACUGCGAUUGAAUUCCUGCUCCGAACCCUUGGGUGCAUUGCCGAAGCGGUGGCAUAUGUUCACGAGAGAGGAAUAAGACAUCGGGAUCUUAAGCCAAAGAAUAUCUUACUCAGCCGAGGACGAGUCUUCCUUGCCGACUUUGGAAUUGCGCGAGACGUCAGGGAUUCUGACAACACACAAACCGCCGGAGGAACUGGAACAACGCUGUGGAAAGCCCCAGAGGUAUAUUUGGGGAACGACCACCACAUGUCACCGGCAGAUGUGUGGUCUCUUGGAUGUAUCUUUCUGGCAGCCAUCACUGCAGUUUAUGGCGAAACCAAAGAGAAGUUCCAGAAAGCGCUCAGGCAUGAACGAGAUCCCUCAAGAGAAAAUCCGAGAAUACGAAAACACAUUCAUGAUCUGCAACAGAAAGCCACGACCGCUUGGUUAACGAACAAGGACGAGAUCAAUAUUGAUAUCAAGCAUGUUCUUGAACUUGUUGAACGUAUGCUUAGGCAUGAUCCAAAGGAGAGACCAACGAUGAUGCAGGUCAAUAUCAGUCUUUCCGAGUUGGGGGGUUUGAAUCAAACUUUCCAUCUUCAGUGUUGCUAUAAAGACAAGAACCAUCUUACCGAAGCACUGCGUAAGUCGAAUCAUGUGGAAGCUUCCAUAUUGUUGCUAAAACUUCUAUCCAGACAAGAGACUUCAUUUAGCACAUACCAGUAACCUAAAUUCCGAAGUCCAGAUAUCAACCCUCCAAGAGGAAAUUGAAAGGUACAAAGAUCGAAUUGACAGUCUUGAAAAAGCUCGUAACACCGCACAAACUGUGCUUGAAUUGGAGAGAAAACACACCAACAACCGUCACGAAUCACUCCAGCAAAGGUUCAACCAGGAACUAACAGAACGCAAGAAGCUCGAGGAGCGUCUCAAUUCGAUGAACCAGACGUCUUUUCGCCGAUCAAAUUCCCACGCGAAAGGAAGAGGAAGAAGCAACGGGAGUUUCAGGCGGAAUGAGAGUCAUAAUGGCGGAAACUUUCAAAGUAAAGGGCAAUGGCCCCGUCAACCAUCUAAAAACGAAGAGGAACCUACUGCCAUCCAACGACGGCCAAGUGCACUACCACUCCCUGUCAGACCAUCAACACCCCUACGGCCACACUGGAGACAAAACUGGAGUGGAAAUAACACCACUAGUUCCAAUUCCACCAGUAAAUCUGCCACACCCAUCCGUCCGUCUUUCUGGAACAGGAACAGUAAGCAGGGUACUGGUAGUAUCUCCUCCAAUUCCAGUGCAAAAUAUUUACCCACAACCCCAAACCGCCCACCUCUCCUUCAAAACCCAGGAAGUGGCAAUAGUACACUCACCAGCUCAACAUAUUCCGUUUUCUCUGCUGUGAAGGAAUCAGGUAGUUCGGCUGCUUCCUCCGUCACACCAGAAUCACCUGAAAGCCCUUCAAUAGACACAGUCCUGCCGAAGCGUACGGGUGUUUCUACAGACUCUUCAUUUUUUCCCAGUAAUGCGGACGCGAAAUGUGUUGUUAGUAGAGAGGAAUCGAGGACUUUGAAGAGCGAGGAGGUGGUGGUGACGUCGAAAGACCUGCAAAGUCCAAAGCCUUCAUGGGCGAAACGUGUUGCACAGGGCUCCUCAAUGGGUUAGUCAAUGGAUGAAGUUUAUGUGCUGUCUGAGCUCAGUGCUGGUCAAGUGUCUCUCCCGUUAUACCAGGGAUUAGUACACCAAUCUUGGUUGUUAUAUUCGUAAGAUUUUAGAUGGCCUUAAGUUCACGG